UAUCUCUCUCUCUCUUUCCUAAACAAUGGCACCUGCGUCGAUUUGUUUGUGUUGAAUACGUAAAUAAAUUGAUUUCAACUAAAUUGUUUUAAACGGGAGUGUAAAAGUGUGUCAAGAUGGGAGUUCCAGCAUUUUUUCGGUGGCUCAGCCGUAAAUAUCCAAGUGUUAUUGUAGAAUGUAUUGAACAAAAGCCAACCGACGUAGAUGGUCAGCUCGUGUACGUUGAUUCUUCGUUACCAAACCCCAAUGGGGUAGAAUUUGACAAUUUGUACCUGGACAUGAAUGGUAUAAUCCAUCCCUGUACCCAUCCUGAGGACAAGCCUCCCCCGAAGGAUGAGGACGAGAUGAUGGUGGCCAUCUUUGAAUGCAUCGACAGGCUGUUCCGCAUCGUCAGGCCCAGGAAACUGCUGUACAUGGCCAUUGAUGGUGUGGCACCCAGAGCCAAGAUGAACCAGCAAAGGUCCCGUCGUUUCCGUGCCUCCAAGGAGACUCAGGAGAAGAUCGAUGAGAUCGCCCGCAUCCGCUCCGAGCUUGAAAGCAAGGGGGCGUACCUUCCCCCGGAGAGGCCCAAGGAAGCGCACUUCGACUCAAACUGCAUUACUCCCGGGACUCCCUUCAUGGACAGGCUUAGUAAAUGCCUUCAUUACUACAUUCAUGACAGAUUAAACAAUGACCCUGGCUGGAAGGGCAUCAAGGUGAUCCUCUCAGACGCAAACGUGCCUGGAGAGGGAGAACACAAGAUUAUGGACUACAUCAGGAGGCAAAGGGCCCAACCGGACCACGAUCCGAACACGCAGCACGUGCUAUGCGGAGCCGAUGCGGAUCUCAUUAUGCUGGGGCUGGCGACGCACGAGCCCAACUUCACCAUCAUCAGGGAAGAAUUCAAGCCCAACAAGCCGAGGCCUUGCGACGUCUGCGGGCAACUCGGGCACGAAAUGAAAGAGUGCACAGGCACCACGCCCGACGCGGCCCUGGUCCGCUCAGACCCGGCCUUCGGCAACCAAGACAGCUUCAUCUUCGUGCGCCUGAGCGUCCUGCGGGAAUACCUGGAGCGAGAGCUGCAGAUGCCCAACCUCCCCUUCCCGUAUGACUUCGAACGGGCGCUGGAUGACUGGGUGUUCAUGUGCUUCUUCGUGGGCAACGACUUUCUGCCCCAUCUCCCCAGCUUGGAAAUCAGGGAGGGCGCCGUCGACCGACUCGUCAAUUUGUAUAAGAAGUGCGUCUAUAACACUGGGGGAUGGAUCACCGACUCGGGUGACGUGCGCCUGGACCGCGUGCAGGUGAUCAUGACGGAGCUGGGCCACGUGGAGGACGAGAUCUUCAAGCGGCGCCAUCAGAACGAACUCAACUUCAAGGCCAGGGACAAGGCCAACAAGAGGCGCCAGCAGAAAGUCAACUUCUCUCUGCUGGAGAACACGCAGUUUGCGCCUGCUGCUGUCGGCCAGCAGAGGUCGGUGGCGAACGUGAGGCAGGAGGCCGCCAAUAAGCGCGGACGCAAGCGCUCGGCGGCGGAGGCAGGCAUGGACUCGGACGACGACGACAAGCACGACGAGGUGCGCCUGUGGGAGGAGGGCUUCAAGGAGCGCUACUACGAGAGCAAGUUCGAGGUCGCCCGGGACAACCUGGAGUUCAGGUACCGGGUGGCGCUGCAGUACGUGCGCGGGCUGUGCUGGGUGCUGCGCUACUACUACCAGGGCUGCGCCAGCUGGAAGUGGUACUUCCCCUACCACUACGCGCCCUUCGCGUCCGACUUCGUCAACGUCUGCGGCCUGGCCACCAACUUCGAGGCCGGCACGCAGCCGUUCCGGCCGCUGGAGCAGCUGAUGGGCGUAUUCCCGGCGGCUAGUGCGCAGCACGUGCCCAAGCCCUGGGCCAAGCUCAUGAGUGACCCCCACUCCCCAAUCAUCGACUUCUACCCGACGGACUUCAAGAUCGACCUGAACGGCAAGAAGUUCGCGUGGCAGGGCGUCGCGCUGCUGCCUUUCGUAGACGAGGCGCGCCUCUUCCGCGCGCUGGAGCCCUACUACAAGGACCUCACGCAGGCUGAAAAACAGCGCAAUAUUCGCGGCCUAGACCGCCUGUACGUGAGCACCGGCAACAAGAGCUACGAGUUCCUGCUCGGCCUGUACGAGGAGGCCGGCCACAACACCAAGAGCCUCAUCCAGAGCGAACAGCGGUAUCCGUACCGCUGCGACGGCGUGCGCGGAGACGUGCUGCUUAGCGCCGACCACAUCGUCGGCGUGUCCCGCCUGUACGAGGAGGCCGGCCACAACACCAAGAGCCUCAUCCAGAGCGAACAGCGAUACCCGUACCGCUGCGACGGCGUGCGCGGUGACGUGCUACUUAGCGCCGACCACAUCGUCGGCGGCGGUGUCCCGCUGUCCCGGCAGUGUCCCGCUGUCCCGGCAGGCGGCCACAACACCAAGAGCCUCAUCCAGAGCGAACAGCGCUACCCGUACCGCUGCGACGGCGUGCGCGGAGACGUGCUGCUCAGCGCCGACCACGUCGUCGGCGGCGGGCAACUAGCGUCGCCAGUGAUCGGUCUGGCGCCGGUGCUGGGCAACCGCGCGGUGUGCGUGCGCUUCGUGGACCCGCAGUACCCGGAGGGCUUCGUGUUCCCGGCGCGCCGCCUGCAGAAGGCCGUGGACGCGCCGCGCGUGCUCAAGCCCGGGAACCUCUCCCACCAGGAGAACAGGAACUGGCGCCCGCAGAUCGGAGAGCAGGAACAGGAUUGGAAAAUAAGAAUGGCGCCCGCAAUAGGUGAGUGCAGUCGUUUGUCCCAGCCACUAGCGUCGCCAGUGAUCGGUCUGGCGCCGGUGCUGGGCAACCGCGCGGUGUGCGUGCGCUUCGUGGACCCGCAGUACCCGGAGGGCUUCGUGUUCCCGGCGCGCCGCCUGCAGAAGGCCGUGGACGCGCCGCGCGUGCUCAAGCCCGGGAACCUCUCCCACCAGGAGAACAGGAACUGGCGCCCGCAGAUCGGAAAAUUAGAAUGGCGCCCGCAAAUCGGUGAGUGCAGUCGUUUGUCCCAGCCACUAGCGUCGCCAGUGAUCGGGCUGGCGCCGGUGCUGGGCAACCGCGCGGUGUGCGUGCGCUUCGUGGACCCGCAGUACCCGGAGGGCUUCGUGUUCCCGGCGCGCCGCCUGCAGAAGGCCGUGGACGCGCCGCGCGUGCUCAAGCCCGGGAACCUCUCCCACCAGGAGAACAGGAACUGGCGCCCGCAGAUCGGAGAACAGGAAAAGGUACCUGCAGAUCGUCCUCUAGCCUCCCCAGUGAUCUGCCUGGCCCUAUUACUGGACAAUCUAGUCAUCAAGAUUGCACCGUGUUCAAGCUACCCCUCCCACCAGGAAAAUAAGAAUGGCGCCCGCAAUGGGAAAAUAAGAAUGGCGCCCGCAAUGGGUGAGUGCAGUCGUUUGUCCCAGCCACUAGCGUCGCCAGUGAUCGGGCUGGCGCCGGUGCUGGGCAACCGCGCGGUGUGCGUGCGCUUCGUGGACCCGCAGUACCCGGAGGGCUUCGUGUUCCCGGCGCGCCGCCUGCAGAAGGCCGUGGACGCGCCGCGCGUGCUCAAGCCCGGGAACCUCUCCCACCAGGAGAACAGGAACUGGCGCCCGCAGAUCGGCAUGGCCCGUUCACACACGAUCGCGAGCCUGGAGCAGGCGGGCCACAGGAUGCUGGGGCACCACCUGCCGCGGGACCGCGCCUACGGGAACGUGCCGCCGCCGCAGCACCAGCAGCACCAGCAGCGGCAGCAGCACCAGCAGGGCCAGCACAAUCGUUCCCAGUCGUUUGGACCUUAUCGUAGUGGGUACAUACCCCACCAGGGCUACAACCAGAGCCAAGGACAGAACCAGGGCCAAGGGCACCACCAGGGCCAAGGGCACCACCAGAGCCAAGGGCAUCAUCAGAGCCAAAACAAAGGCUACAACCAGCAUCUAGGGUACUCGCAAAGCUACAGCAGAUCCGGCUACGGGAGCCAAGACAGACACGGCAGCGGCCAGGGCUAUCAGGGCCGGCAAAACAGCCAGGGUGGGCAUAGCAGCCAGGGCGGUCAUAACAGCCAGAGCGGGCAGUAUGGCGGUCAGCAACAAAACAGACACGGUAACCAAGGCUCACAGGGCUACCAGUCAGUGUCAGACUACAGUCCUUACCAUGAGAGACGGGGCAGAGAUCAGCAGAGUCGAGGCCCCCCUAAUCUUCAAAAGUACAAGCGCAAUUUUAACCGAUAACGCUAGCGACAGUCAUUUAUGUCUAGUCGAAAAAAAAAUCAUUACACCGAUUGACGUUUACAAUGAAAUAUACAGGGUGUCCCAAGAAGUUGUGUCAAACGGAAG